GUGGUGACGGGCCCAGCCGCGCCGCGUUCCCUCGGUCUCCGCCGCCUCCACCGCCUCCGCGCCGCAGGCCCGGGGCGCUCGCACUCCAGGCUCUGCCCGGCCCCGAGUCUCUGCGUCCCCGCGUCCCCGCGCCCCGGCUCCCGCAGGAUGACGCUCAAGGCGAGCGAGAGCGAGGGCGGGGGCAGCAUGCGCACGGCGCUCUCCGACCUCUACCUGGAGCACUUGCUGCAGAAGCGCAGCCGGCCCGAGGCCCUGUCGCAGCAGGCCAGCGCCGUGGCCGAGGACAUGUACACCAACGGCUCCGCCGCCCCGGGCAGCCCUGCGCCGGCCAAGGGGCAGGAAGUGCGGAAGGUGCGGCUCAUCCAGUUUGAGAAGGUCACCGAGGAGCCCAUGGGCAUCACGCUGAAGCUGAAUGAGAAGCAGUCCUGCACGGUGGCCAGGAUUCUCCACGGCGGCAUGGUUCACAGACAAGGUUCCCUCCACGUCGGGGAUGAGAUCCUAGAAAUCAAUGGCACCAAUGUGACGGAUCACUCGGUGGAUCAGCUGCAGAAGGCGAUGAAAGAAACCAAAGGAACCAUCUCCUUAAAAGUGAUUCCCAACCAGCAAAAUCGGCUGCCUGCGCUGCAGAUGUUCAUGCGGGCCCAGUUCGACUACGACCCCAGAAAGGACAACCUGAUCCCUUGCAAGGAGGCCGGCCUGAAGUUUGCUACCGGGGACGUCAUCCAGAUCAUCAACAAGGACGACAGCAACUGGUGGCAGGGCCGAGUGGAAGGCUCCGCCAGGGAGUCCGCGGGCUUGAUCCCUUCUCCGGAGCUGCAGGAGUGGCGAGUGGCGAGCACGGCGCAGUCGGCCCCGAGCGAGGCUCCGAGCUGCAGUCCCUUCGGGAAGAAGAAGAAGUACAAGGACAAGUACCUGGCCAAGCACAGCGCGAUUUUUGACCAGUUGGAUGUCGUCUCCUACGAGGAGGUGGUUCGGCUGCCCGCGUUCAAGAGGAAGACGCUGGUGCUGAUUGGAGCCAGCGGGGUGGGCCGGAGCCACGUCAAGAGUGCCCUGCUCAGCCGGAACCCGGAGAAGUUCGCCUACCCCGCGCCCUACACCACGCGGCCGCCCAGGAAGAGCGAGGAGGACGGCGGGGCUUAUCACUUCAUCUCCACGGAGGAGAUGACGCGCAGCAUCUCUGCCAACGAGUUCUUGGAGUUCGGCAGCUACCAGGGCAACAUGUUUGGCACCAAGUUUGAAACCGUGCAUCAGAUUCAUCAGCAGGACAAGAUCGCCAUCCUUGACAUUGAGCCACAGACCCUGAAGAUCGUUCGGACAGCAGAACUUUCGCCUUUCAUUGUGUUCAUCGCACCUACUGACCAGGGUGCUCAGACGGAGGCCCUGCAGCAGCUGCAGAAGGACUCGGAGGCCAUCCGCAGCCAGUACGCUCACUACUUCGACCUGUCGCUGGUCAACAAUGGUGUCGACGAAACGCUGAAGCAGCUGCAGGAAGCCUUCGACCAGGCGUGCACUUCUCCGCAGUGGGUGCCCGUGUCCUGGGUUUACUAACUCGCGCUGCCCUUUGCUUUAAGGCCGCCGGGUCGCCCCGGCUCGUUUUCUGUCAGCUUCCAGCUCUCUACAGCUGUCCUCAUGAGGCAAGUGGGUUUGUCUGGCUCCAGCUGCUGAUCAGGAUUUCCAAAGGCUCUCUGGAAAUCAGGGGCCGGAGGCCCUGCGCCAAGGCAGCUGCUCACCGGAGAUGGCACGCGAGGGGAGCAGAGCGAAGGAGCCCGUCCCUCUAAAGCCUGCACUCCCUCCGCUGCUGUCCCGCUGGGCUUCUCCUUUGUCUCUGCUUUCAAAAAAGCGUUGCCUGCAACUUUCUAAAUGCCACCCUGAACCAGCUGUGCAAUAGGACGCCGUGUGCACUAGGCAAACCCUCAAAAGCAAUAAACGUGUCGCUGUGUUUAAACGCCAA